AUGUUAGAGAACUACGGACACCUCCUUUUCUUGGGUCUUGUUGUGUCAAAGCCAGACCUGGUCAUCUUUUUGGAACAAAAGAAGGAUGUCUGGGAUGUGAAGAGAAAGGAGACAGUAGCUACACACCCAGAGAAACCUUACCAAUGUAAGGAAUGUGGCCAUGUCUUUAACCAGUUCUCCACCCUUACAGGACAUCAAAGAAUUCAUACUGGAGAGAAAACUUACCAAGAAAAAGAAGGUGGCAAGUCCUUCAUCUGGCCCUCCUCCCUUUCAGGACAUCAAAGAAUUCAUACUGUAGAGACACCGUACAAACUUCAACGAUAUGGUAAGACCUUUCGGCAUCAUUCACAACUUUCUGAACAUCACACGGUUCAUGCUGAGGAGAAACCUUACCAAUGCAAAGAAUGUGGCAAGGCCUUUGUGAACUUCUCAAACUUGACACAACAUCGCAGAAUUCAUACUGGAGUGAAACCUUACCAAUGUAAAGAAUGUGGCAAGGCUUUUGGGUCCUUCUCAAACUUGACACAACAUCGCAGAAUUCAUACUGGAGUCAAACCUUACAAACGUAAAGAAUGUGCUAAAUCUCUUAUCUGGCACUCAGGCCUCAGGACACAUGACCGAGUUCAUAGUGGAGAGAAACCUUACCAAUGUAAAGAAUGUGGCAAGGCCUUUAGCUGGCUCUCAGCCCUUACAGUACAUCACAGAAGUCACCCCGGAAAGAAACAUUACCAAUGUAAAGAAUGUGGCAAGGCCUUUAGCUGGCACUCAGCCAUUAAGUUACAUCAGAGAAUUCACAGUGGAGAGAAACCUUACCAAUGUAAAGAAUGCGGCAAGGCCUUUAGCCAGAAAUCACACUUUAAAGGACAUAGAAUAAUUCAUACUGGACAGAAACCUUACCAAUGUAAAGAAUGUGGCAAGGCCUUUACCUGGUCAUCAGUCCUUAAGAUACAUCUCAGAAUUCAUAGUGGAGAGAAACCUUACCAAUGUAAAGAAUGUGGCAAGACCUUUUACUGCCCAUCACAUCUUGAUGUACAUCACAGAGUCCAUAGUGGAGAGAAACCUUACCAAUGUAAUGAAUGUGGCAAGACCUUUAACAAGAAAUCAUACCUUAAACAACAUAGAGUAAUUCAUACUGGACAGAAACCUUACCAAUGUAAAGAAUGUGGCAAAACCUUUAACUGGCAAUCAGCCCUUAAGGCACAUCACAGAAUUCAUAGUGGAGAGAAACCUUACCAAUGUAAAGAAUGUGGCAUUGCCUUUAGCUGGCUCUCAGCCCUUACAGAACAUCACAGAAUUCAUACUGGGGUGAACACUUACCAAUGCAAAGAAUGUGGAAAGGUCUAUACACGAUAUUCAAACCUUAGCAGACAUCAUAGAAUUCAUACUGGAGUUAAACCUUACCAAUGUAAAGAUUGUGGCAAAGCCUUUAACUGGCAAUCGGCCCUGAAGGCACAUCACAGAAUUCACAGUGGAGAGAAACCUUACCAAUGCAAAGAAUGUGGCAAGGCUUUCAUCCGGCCCUCAGCCCUUACAGUACAUCACAGAAUUCAUACUGGAGUGAAACCUUACCAAUGUAAAGAAUGUGGCAAAGCCUUUAACUGGCAAUCGGCCCUGAAGGCACACCACAGAAUUCACAGUGGAGAGAAACCUUACCAGUGCAAAGAAUGUGGCAAGGCCUUCAUCCGGCCCUCAGCCCUUACAGAACAUCACAGAAUUCAUACUGGAGUGAAACCUUACCAAUGCAAAGAAUGUGGCAAGGCGUAUCCGCGACAGUCAAGCCUUACCAAACAUCACAGAAUUCAUACUGAAGACUGA